AAGGUGAUUAAGAAACAUCUCUUUUAUUUAUAUUUUCAUAAUUUUCAUCAAUUGUUCAGUUAAAUAUUAAAUAAUUGACAUUAUUAUAUUAUUUUUAUCGUGUUUAAUUAUGCAAAUCCUGCUUGCGCCAAAAAUACGUCAUUUGUGUCACUGAUUAAAUGAAUUUGACUAUUUUAUUACAAAUUUGAAUAGUACUGUUAUCACAGACAAAGACACUGGAAAAUAUAAUGUUUGUCUUCAAUAUCUGUUAUGUUCGUUUUUGUUUUGAACAUUCCUUUUUUCUCUUUUUUUUUGAUAUAAAACAAAUUCCAUAUAUGUAUAUAUGUUUAAGAAAGAAUCCUCUGUGAUCUCAUGACUCGAAUACGUUGAAAACAAAUUCAAUAAAAGUCAUUGUUCCUUCUGCUUCUCUCUGUACUUUUUUCUCUUUACGUUAACUUUUUCGUUUCUGAUUCGAUGAUUUGUUAUUGGCUUAUUAUUGAUACUUUGAUACUUAUUAUUGAUACUAUCGUGUUUUAUCCGUGAAUGACUUACCCAAUUUAAAUCAUUUUUAAAUCAUUUUUUUCCAGAUUUAAUUUUGAAUGUGCUAUACGAAUCAGCAGCUAUUUAUGACAUUGACAGUAAACUUUGUUUAGAGACAGCUGUUGCAUUUAUGUAUGACAAACAUAAAUGUCAUUUCGAUAUUAAAUAUGCACAGGAAAAUUUAGAACAUGAAAUUACUACAUGUCAAGACAAAUGUGAUGUUGAAAUUAAAGGCGUAAAUGACGAAAUGAAUACCUUGUGGAAUGUAGAUAUAACGUUAGGAAGACACAAAUACUAUUAUUAUUCCUGUCCAGACAACAAAGACAAUCAUAAUAUGCUGACCAUGCUGAUUAAUUGUCCUAAAUGGAAUGAAGGAAACCUUGCUUUGAACCAGUCCUGCUCCUUUAGUGAACAAUGUGCAGGAUCACCGUACGCUAGUUGUCUUGAAGGAUAUUGUUCUUGUAUGCAAGGAUACACUGCUAGGAACUCCACUGAUUGUGUUCAAAGUCAGAAAAUUACCUUUUCAAGUUCUGAACAUAAUCAAGAAACCAUUAAUGGAACUAUAUUGGGAGCAUUAUUUGGUGGACUACUUCUUGGCGUGAUUUUAACAGCAGUUGUUCUGGGGAUUAUUUAUUGCCGAUUCCAUACACAUGUCAAAAAACGAGAAGAACUCAACGUUACAUUCACUGGCAAUGAUAGUUCUGCAAAAGUUUCUGACCUUAGUGAUUUUCAAAACAUUCAGGCAAAACACAAAAAGUCAGAAGUUUCUCCAAAUUCCUGCUCGAAAGAAACAUCAGUAUACGACCAAGCGUCUAAAAAAAGUGGACAGAUACAGGAUGACGUUUACAACCAUUUACACGAGCAAGUAAAGCAGGAUGACGUCAAUUACUAUGAUCAUGCAUGCGCUGCAUCUGUUCAUAAUGAAGAUGUGAGUGACUACAGUCAUAUCCGUCAUGCCACGUCAUGAAAUGUGGUGACAACAUUUAUGAAAUCUGUAUGGUAGAUGAGCACCGGCUUCCAUAGCAAUAAACAGUA